UGACAUCACACCCAGUAGAGAUCUCUCCGCAGUGUGGAAAUAGUUGAAGAGCGCACGCAGUCCAAUCCACAAAACACAUUUUUAGCUAAGCGAGAAAUAUACAAUUGUGAGUUUCUUGUCAGCGUCGCUUGGACAUGAUUUGUAUUAUUUUUAACAGGCUCUGAAAGACGCGCAGUCAGUGAAGGACGUUUGAAAACUGACUUCUGAUUAGUUCACGAUUAAGUUCAAACCGGAAAAGCCACGGAUAGAGGUUGUUUUUAUCAACGGCAUAAGAUUCAUUUAAAUCAGAGCACAGGCAGCAUGUCCAGAGAAGACGCUCGAAAUUGGCAUGACUUCACAAAAAUGAUCGGACUGUUCAGCGUGGUCACGUUGCUGACUUUUCAAGGGGCGGUGUCUCAGCGGGUGAAGGUGGAACCGGAAGUGAUGUCCUACCCCAGCCAGGCGGUCAACCUGAGGUGUGCCUUCACAGACGCUGGAGGGAUACAGCUCACACAGGUGUCCUGGAUCUAUGAGCCGAAGGAGGGCGAGCGGCUCAACAUCGCCGUGUACCACCCUAACUUUGGGGCAAGUUACCCCACAUCGCCCCUGAAGGGGCGGGUCCGCUUCACAACGGAGCCCCCCUCCCUCAGCAACCCUUCCAUCCAGAUCUCAGACGUCAAGAUGACUGACGAGGGGAAAUACAUCUGUGAAUACGCCACCUACCCCAGUGGCAACGAACAGGGUGUCACCUCCCUCGUCAUGCUAGCCAAACCCAGGAACUCUGCUUCCGGGGUAACAGUGAUAGCCUCCACUGUCGCCACGGGAGCCCAGCCAGUUGUCGUGGCCCGCUGUGAGUCGGCCGACGGUCGUCCUGCUGCCCAGAUCGCAUGGGUGACAGCUGUCAAUGGCAACGCUACCUCCGCCUCUACGGCGGGCGCUGACAACACCGUGACUGUAUCCAGCCAGUACAUGUUGGUUCCCACAGCAGCAGACAACGGCAAAGACAUCAGCUGUUUGGUGUCCCAUCGAACCCAGGCCAAGCCUGAGAGCUUCCUGAUGAACCUGGCCAUCGAAUACCCCCCACAGGUGACCAUCCUGGGCUAUGAUAAUAACUGGUAUGUGGGUCGGACAAACGUGGCUCUGACCUGUCAGGCUACUGCCAACCCCGUCCCUACCACCAUCGCAUGGAAAACUAUGUCCGGUCAGAUGCCAGACACAGUGCAGGUAAAAGAAAACGUGCUGACCGUGCUAAAGGUGGACGAGCAGAUCAACACAACCUUCGUCUGCGAGGUCAAGAACCGCCUGGGCACCGGCAAGGACCAGGUCACUGUUAUGGUCCGAGAACCCUCUGUGAUCCCCUCCAACGCGGCCGUGGUGGCAGGUGCUGUGAUUGGCUCCCUUCUGGCCCUCCUCCUCGUCGCCGCCCUUAUCGCCGUCCUGGUCACCCGGAGCCGCCGGCAACAGCAGGGUUACCGUGACAACCCAAACCACAGCUCCUUCGACAUAAAGUCGCGUCUCUUCGGCUCCGGCAAGAAGGGGAGCAAGAACGGGACAGGUGCUGGCGCCGGGGGCAACGGGGUGGGCGGCAACAACAACAGCCCCAUCUACGUCUACAAGGAGGGCUCCGCCCAUGAUGGCCUGACUGACAAGGCCAAUCAACAUGUGCCGCUGCACCUGGGGGGGCAUGGUGAGGGGGGGGUUGCCACGGCGCCCACGGCGCAGGACAUCUUGCUGAGUGGUGAGCUGGAUGAGGCAGAGCGAAGGAAGUUUGACCAGCUAGAGGACGAGGAGGAGAGUUACGACCACUUUGGAGGGGGCGGGCCCAUCCUGCAACUCCGCCCACCACAUGACCAGGACGGAAUCAUGAGCGGUUACCUUGACGAUGACAUGGAGUCUCAGCGCGACGGGUCGGUCAUCUCACGGACUGCCGUGUACGUGUAGAGAGAACGGGCAGAGGAAGAGGAGGAGGAGGAAGGGAAAGCAGGAUGGAAGAAGGAAAAGAUGAAUGAACAUGUCCUCCUUCGAGAGGAGUCGGUGGUGUUGGGAUCUCCUCUGUUGGAUCAUUUGAAAUAUAUUAACAACCACCAAACAUUCAGCCCAUAGAGAGAGCAAGAUGAAGUGGCUGAGGGAGGGAAUGUACAGAAACCAGAUGAACUGAAUGAAGUGGAUGAGGGAGGGAAUGUACAGAAACCAGAUGAACUGAAUGAAGUGGCUGAGGGAGGGAAUGUACAGAAACCAGAUGAACUGAAUGAAGUGGCUGAGGGAGGGAAUGUACAGAAACCAGAUGAACUGAAGUGGCUGAGGGAGGGAAUGUACAGAAACCAGAUGAACUGAAUGAAGUGGCUGAGGGAGGCAAUGUACAGAAACCAGAUGAACUGAAGUGGCUGAGGGAGGCAAAUGUACAGAAACCAGAUGAACUGAAUGAAGUGGCUGAGGGAGGCAAUGUACAGAAACCAGAUGAACUGAAUGAAGUGGCUGAGGGAGGGAAUGUACAGAAACCAGAUGAACUGAAUGAAGUGGCUGAGGGAGGGAAUGUACAGAAACCAGAUGAACUGAAUGAAGUGGCUGAGGGAGGCAAUGUACAGAAACCAGAUGAACUGAAUGAAGUGGCUGAGGGAGGCAAUGUACAGAAACCAGAUGAACUGAAUGAAGUGGCUGAGGGAGGCAAUGUACAGAAACCAGAUGAACUGAAUGAAGUGGCUGAGGGAGGGAAUGUACAGAAACAAGAUGGAGGACUGGUGCGUUGAUAAAACAACUAUUUUUCUCUGGUCCCAAUAUGAAAAGUGGAUCACUUGAUAUCUAUCUACCAAAACAAUGAAAGAAAUCCUGAAACUAUCUUUCUCACAUCUCUGCUCUGUCUGUUGUGUUCCUCAUUUCUAUAGUUUAGGGACCUUGGAGAUUGAAGCCUCCAGAGAGACACAUUGUAGUAGGGACUUGUGGGUAAAAUGUCAUCUCCAUGCAGCCGUUCCCUCGCUAGCUAGAGAAACUCCUCACUAAAAUAUUCACUCUUAUCUCCACUAAAUGCACAGUAGCAAUGUAAGGGGUGUCACGAUGGUAUCUGCUCCCUGCUAUUCUCGUCUCUCUCCUGUCUCUCCUGUGGGACAACGUUUGUUCCGACUACAGUAGCCUUGUUUCUGCUGUAUGUGACAGUACUGGGGAAGGGAACAGGAAGUUUGGCAGGGGAAGUGGUCGAUGUAGUUGUGGUUAAGUAAAAUGUCAAAUUCUCUCUAGUGUCUGUAUGUUGCAGUAGGCCGCCUCUUUCUACCUCAUUUUCUCUCUGCUAUUGUGCCACCAACUGGAAGUAUGUGCAGAAUUUAGUUUGGGACAUUCUGAAAUGAUAAACAACUUACUGAAGGAGUGGUAGUCAUCUAGAUGAAGACCGUGCAUGAAAGGGGAAUUGAUAGAGGGGUAGGAGGGAGGGAAACCAUACAGCUGUUCUCUCAUGUCCGGAGAGAGGGAUUAGGAUGAAUUGAUAGAGGGAUAGGAGGGAGGGAAACCAUACAGCUGUUCUCUCAUGUCCGGAGAGAGGGAUUAGGAUUAAUUGAUAGAGGGAUAGGAGGGAGGGAAACCAUACAGCUGUUCUCUCAUGUCCGGAGAGAGGGAUUAGGAUGAAUUGAUAGAGGGAUAGGAGGGAGGGAAACCAUACAGCUGUUCUCUCCUGUCCGGAGAGAGGGAUUAGGAUGAAUUGAUAGAGGGAUAGGAGGGAGGGAAACCAUACAGCUGUUCUCUCAUGUCCGGAGAGAGGGAUUAGGAUGAAUUGAUAGAGGGAUAGGAGGGAGGGAAACCAUACAGCUGUUCUAUCAUGUCCGGAGAGAGGGAUUAGGAUGAAUUGAUAGAGGGAUAGGAGGGAGGGAAACCAUACAGCUGUUCUCUCAUGUCCAGAGAGAGGGAUUAGGAUGAAUUGAUAGAGGGAUAGGAGGGAGGGAAACCAUACAGCUGUUCUCUCAUGUCCGGAGAGAGGGAUUAGGAUGAAUUGAUAGAGGGAUAGGAGGGAGGGAAACCAUACAGCUGUUCUCUCAUGUCCGGAGAGAGGGAUUAGGAUGAAUUGAUAGAGGGAUAGGAGGGAGGGAAACCAUACAGCUGUUCUCUCCUGUCCGGAGAGAGGGAUUAGGAUGAAUUGAUAGAGGGAUAGGAGGGAGGGAAACCAUACAGCUGUUCUCUCAUGUCCGGAGAGAGGGAUUAGGAUGAAUUGAUAGAGGGAGAAAAAGGGACGGCUCAAACAGCAGGCUGUUCUCCCUUUCCUCCAUUUGAUCCCUCCCUCCUUGUGGUGUUCCUGACAGGAAGAGUUUGAUUGCUAAUGAGCCUUGAAGUCAAUGCUCAUUUAAGCCCACACACAAACCAAAUUACCACCGCUUAGAUGGUAUGACGUGGACAUUUUCUCUCCCUCCUCCCUCUCCUCCGUUCUCCCUCUCCUCCCUCCUUACCCUGUCUCUUACCUCUGUCUCUCUCCAUCACCUCUCUCCUUCUCUCCCUCACAGUCUCUCUCCUCCACCAGACUUUCUCCAUCACCUCUCUCUACCCUGUGUGUGUGUGUAUGAUUUACACAGGGCUGUGGGGAGGUCAGGGAUACAGGGAGAGCAGAGGGAGUAUUUCAUGCCUGCCUCUCUACGUGUCAAACACCCCAUUUACUGUACCCCCUUCCUCCUGCCAGACCUGACUCAGAAAGCCAUGGUGGAGUCAUGCCCUGCUCACUGUACAUCUCGGCUUUCAUAGUUUGAUUAGUAAGGUUUCCUCCUAUCCCAUUGUAUAUGUUGCUCUGUCAAUCUAUACAAUCACAAGGUAUAUAGAGAUCCAAAUACAUGAUGGCAUAUUUGCAUCUGUAGCUAAUUAAGAUAUAAAUGAAUUGAUUGAUUCUGUGCAUACAUAGGGGGGUGAAUGACCAGUUAUAGGACCUACAUUGACUAGCAGAGGUCUGGGUAUAAUCCUUCAUGAUUCAGACCGGAGCCUGAUAGUUUAGUGACUAAAUUGUCUUUCUAACAAGACAGUCGAGGGCUGUUCAAGCCAAUAUCACCAUGUACAACUAUUAUACAUCACUAGAGGCAAACAGAUGAGCACUGGAAGGCUAUGACCAGCUGUCUUCCUGAAGAGCCUUACUUUCCUACCCUCAAUAGCCCAGAUCUGAAUCCCCUCUGAAUCAGCCCCUUCUCAUGACUCCCCUGUGAUUCAUCGUGUUUCCUGGUUAAUCAGUGGGGUAUCCUUGGCCGCCCUGACCAGGUGAGGCACCUGAUUGGCCCAUUAAGCCUGGGUCUGUUUCUGAGUCACGACCAGCCAGAGGUCAUGGGGUCAAACGAUGUGCGUUUUACCGCUGAGGGCGUGGUGGGUGCCUGUGGGUCGCACCUCUAAUUGGGCACUUUAACUUUAACCCAUAGGGUUCACAGAGAAACAUACAUAUUACACACACACUCUGGUGAGAGAGCGACAUGUAUUAGUGUUCCAGGAUGACCUUGACUGUUGUGGAGGAGGUUGACCUUGGUGUGGGGGAGAGAAAGGAACAGAGAGGGGGAGACUGGGAGGAAUGGAUGGAUACUGACCCACUGUGCGACUUGCCUAACCAUCAGCACUUGAUAACACGAUAGCCUAAGUCUGUCAAUUACAAUAGAUUGAUAGCAUUAUGGCCUCAGUAUAGGCCAAAACUCAGACUUACAUACACAUUAUAGAUGCAGAGAGCAAGGCUCAACAGUGCAACCAUUUUACUCGCAUAUGCGCCUAAAUAUUUUGCUGUGCGACAUAGAUUUUUUUUAUUUUGGAUUCCCAGUGUGCUGAGAACUGUUUUGAAUUCUAGCUUCAUUACCUCAAAUAUUUUUCACUGUGCUCCUAAAUUUCUUUGUGUGCGCCUACAUUUUUCAACUUAGCCACACACGUGCUCCUAGAAAAAGGUCAGCAUAGAGGCCUGUAGUGAACUACUUAUCAUGACCACUAACACAAACAUGUAUCUCCUAUCUUUGCACUUGUGUGUAACACCAAAACAGGAUAUGCCCACUAGUUAUAUUUGUAUGAAGGUGAUUAAGUGUGUCUUUGGAGAAAUAUUGAUAAUGUCCUUCGGUUUGUAAUGUGAAGGAGGGAGGGAAGGGAGAAAGUUGUAUGUAUAUUUUGGUGUGAGGUAUCUGUAUACUAUAUAUGUACGGAUAUUUAUUUUUCUUGUCGAACUCCUGUGGAAAAAAUGUGGAUAUUUAUCAGUGUAAAUAACUGCUGUAUAGAGUCAAUGUUGUCGUGUGGAACUCAUUUCCUGGUUUGGCCAAGGUCAAAGUUCAAUCGGAGCCAAUAAUACUGUACUCAGAAUGUAACUGCUUGAAUAGACAACCCUUCAAUGAAAAGGUGUAGGAUGUAUAAGAUGCACAUCUUCAGCUAUUAAAUACAUGUAAACAUUUGAGUUUUUCAUCCAGGAUGAUGACUGAAAUAACUGGAUUAGACAGGUUCACUAAACUCAAUCAGCGUACUUAAGAUAGCUGCCCCUUCACCCAUAAACACACACACUAUUUAUCAGAUAGAGUAGCUCCCACAGAGUCAGCGCUGUGUGUGGUUUCUGAGUCAGCGCUGUGUGUGGUUUCUGAGUCAGCGCUGUGUGUGUGUGGCUCAGGGGCUUUGGGACAUCUGUCACUGCCACAGGGUGUGUAACCCUAAUGUAACCCCCAUUUCCUGCCCCCUCUGUCUCUUUAGCAUAGGGAGUUAGAGGAGACAUUACUGUACACUGUCCCCUGCAGCCUGAUCUCUCUCUCACACACACACACGCACACACAGAAAGAGGGAACUAGUAUGAGAGACACUUCCCGAACAGACACAAACACUCAGUGGUCCCAACUAAGCUCGUGGUCAGAACUCUGUCAGUAUAUUCACAGACCCUUCUGUUCCCCAGAGACUGGGAGAGAGCCACACACACACUCCUCUUGCCCAAUGUCAGGGAUUUGAAGGAGAAUGUGUGCUAAGAACACUUUAUGAGAAUCAUCUGUACUGUUGCUGUUUCUCUCUCUCUGUGAGUGCUGCGUUUUACCGCUUUCCCAAAAUAAAAUACCCAAUUGGCCAAACUUGACCUCCACAAACUGGUCCCGAAGUAAAAUGCUUCUAGAAAAUCACUAUCCAACUAUGUCUUCGGUCUUUAACAACAUUUAGUUGUUUUUUGAAGUAAAUGUUUUCUGGGAAUCUACUCUUGACCUCCACUUGUACUGGUUGGCACAAAGGUUUUAAAAUAAAAAUGCUUUUAGAGAGUUGACGUAAUGUUCCUGACCUGGAGCUAACACAGUGGUAGGUUGUUAGUAGUUGUUGAUAAUCCACAUAAUUGUCCUCUGGCUCUAAACACUGAUGACUAAUCCAAGCCUUAGCUUCCUUGUCGUCUCGAUCGCUCCUCCCUGAUGUGUACAUAGUAUAAAUAUAUAAAUACAGUAUCUAGCGGAAAGAAUUACUAAUUUAUGGUGUCACGUGUUCUAUUUCUCAGCGGCAAGCAUGAAGGAUUUAUUCUGUUCUGUAUCAAUGCUUCGUCCUUAUCUUUUUCUCUGUUAUUGCAGUUCUUUAUAAUUAAUGCUUUUGGAGUGCUUUAUUUCUCCACUGCUUUGCUGUGACUACUACGCCAAAACAGGCUUAAUGUGCUUUUACUGCACAAAAUGGUGCACGGUGCACACUCAACAAUCUUACAACAAAAUGUGCUUUUUAUUCACCAUUCUCUGAACUUGUUUAUUUUCUUUUUUAAAGGAACAUUUUAGAAUGUGUCACUAUUUGUCAUGUCUUUCUAUUUUUUUUGUGUGUAUUUUUUUGUAUAUGUUUGCAAUUAAAGUUUUCUUGAUUUUUGAAAUGA